AUGGCAGUUGAUGGCAAGGCAGCAAGCCGGCAAUAUCUGCAUAUAGACAACAAAAUAAUUUACAUUGACAAACUUCUUCUUUUCAUUACCCGAAAGCAACCCAAAAUGAGGAAAUUUGGCAUUAUUUCGUGUCAAGAAAACCUGAAGCGUGGAGGGAUAGCACAUGAAUAUGUCGAAUUUGCAUCUCAAAACGUUCCCUCAAGUGUCAAAUUGAGAUUUAGGGGCCAUACCUCCGAUCACAUAGCUCUGUUUUACGAAGAAGAAGGCGUGCUCUUCAGUGGUGAUUGUAUUCUUGGAGAAGGAGCAAGUAUAUUUGAAAAUCUUAGUGACUAUAUGCGAUCUCUGCGGAAGCUGUUGGAACUACCCUCUACAGUGAGCAUUGAAUUUCUAAAUGUGAACAUUCUCGCUACAAAAAGUCGCAUGUUAGAAGUGCGAAAUCCCGAAUGUAGUUUUUUAAAGAAUUCAUCACGGCCUUCUCACACUUCUUAUUCUUGCUCAAAUGAACAUUAUGCAGUGAAUCUAUCAAAACGCCUCAUUGUAGCUGAAGCAGCCUGUUCAGGGCGAGGAAUAAAAGGUGUGCAAUCGACAAAUAAGCGGAAAGUAGUAAUUUGCCCUGGCCAUGGCCCUAUAAUUAAAGAUGCAAAAGGCAAAAUAGAGGAGUACAUCGAAAGACGAGAGAAGAGAGAUCAACAAAUCUUGAGCUAUCUUCAACAGUACUCAUCCUAUGGUACUGGCUUGUUGCUAAGAUUCACAUUGCAACUCUGCAUAUGA